GGUGGACCCGUACGGGUUCGAGCGGCCCGAAGACUUCGACUACGCCGCCUACGACGAGUUCCUCACCGCCUACCUGGCGGUGCUCACCCGGAGGGCCCUGAAGUGGUCGCGGCUGCUGCGGGCGGACGGCGGCCUGAGCAGGACCGCAACGGUGAAGCGCUAUGUCCGGAAAGGAAUCCCGCUGGAGCACCGGGCGCGAGUGUGGCUGGCCGUGAGUGGAGCGCAGGCCCGGAUGGAGCAGAACCCCAGCUACUACCAGCAACUGCUGCAGGGAGAGGGAAAGCCCGACCUGGAGGAAGCCAUCAGGACAGACCUGAAUCGAACUUUCCCAGACAACGUGAGGUUCCGGAAGACAGCCCAGCCCUGCUUGCAGAAGGCCCUGUUCAAUGUGCUGCUGGCCUAUGGGCUCCACAACCAGGGCGUGGGCUACUGCCAGGGAAUGAAUUUCAUAGCAGGAUAUCUCAUCCUUAUCACAAAGAGUGAAGAGGAAUCUUUCUGGCUCUUAGACGCUCUUAUUGGACGAAUCCUGCCUGAUUACUACAGCCCAGCCAUGCUGGGGCUCAAGAUAGACCAGGAAGUCCUCGCAGAGCUGGUGAGGAUGAAGCUGCCGGCGGUGGCGGCCCUGCUGGAUGGGCAUGGUGUGCUGUGGACCUUGGUGGUAUCCCGCUGGUUCAUCUGCCUGUUUGUGGACAUCCUGCCCGUGGAGACUGUGCUUCGCAUCUGGGACUGUUUGUUCAAUGAAGGCUCCAAGAUCAUCUUCCGGGUGGCCCUGACCCUGAUUAAGCAACACCAGGCCUUCAUCCUGGAGGCUGCCAGUGUGCCUGACAUUUGUGACAAGUUCAAGCAGAUUACCAGCGGGAGCUUUGUGAUGGAGUGCCAUACGUUCAUGCAGAAAGUAUUUUCAGAACCCGGGAGCUUGUCCAUGACGACCAUCACCAGGCUCCGAGAGAACUGCCGCGUGGCACUGCUGGCACAGAGGUGACCAUGUCUUCCACGUGUCCCCAUGGUGUCCCUACAUUCCCAACAUGGGGAGAAGCCUUGACCACCAUGGCCGACCCCUAGGCAG